AUGACAAAAACUAAAAAAUCAGUAGCUAAUAAUGAUUAUAAGAAAAAACAGAUUAGUGAUAAUUAUGAAAAAGAUAAACAUAAUUGUGGUUAUAGUUGUGGUAAAGAAAAGACCAUAAUGAAAAAUAAGUUUAUUAUACCUAUUGAUGAUACUGCUAUAAUUAUGGUAGAGGAAAAACUGUUACAAAACUUACCUUUAUUACAUCUAUUAUAG